ACUUCAAAGUUACGACUCUGGCACUGGAGGAAUCAGAAUUUUUGUUUCGCCUUCUCGAGAAAAUUCGUCUUCCGUAUUCUUGAACUGAAACCGUGUUCAGAUUUUGCCUUGUGCGUUCGAAGUCGAGGCGAUGAGACGAAUUCAGCUUCCGGAGCCGCCGAGCCCUACCGCCCGGAGAGGAACUCCGGACAUAUUCGAGUCCGGAGUUCACACGUUCGUGCGACGCGCCGUUGUAAUCGGCAACGGCUCCGCCGCUUCGGAGAAUCAGAGCGUCGGAUUGGUUCGUGCCCUUGGCCUCGCCGAUAAGCACGUCUUAUAUCGUGUUACCAGACCAAAAGGGGGAAUUAAUGAUUGGCUUCAAUGGCUUCCAGUCUCGCUCCAUAAGAAAAUAGAUUAUAUAGUAAGAAUGAUUCAAGGUUAUUCUCAGCUUAUGUUGAAAUCUCAGGAAAAGAAGCUUAUGCCUUUACCUUCAGAAAAUGGUGUCAGUGCAGGCUUGUUAGCUGUCUUGGAAGCUGAUGCAAAGCAGAUAGUUAGUUUUGCUCGUGAAACUUAUGAGAAGGAGGGACCAUUGUUGGUUGUUGCAUGUGGAAGAGACACCAUUUCUACUGCAAGUUCCAUAAAACGCUUAGCAUCGGAGAAUGUGUUUGUAGUUCAGAUACAACAUCCAAGAUCGAUUUUGAAUCGCUUUGACAUGGUAAUUGCACCCAAGCAUGAUUAUUAUCCUUUGACUCCAGAAGGACAAAAAAAGAUUCCUCGGUUUCUUCGGAGUUGGAUAACUCCGCGUGAUCCUCCAGAUAGUCAUGUGGUUCUUACUAUGGGGGCGUUACAUCAAGUAGAUUUCAGUUCAAUACGUAGUGCUGCUGCUACUUGGCAUGACGAGUUUUCAAAUGUUCCGAGGCCCUUGCUUGUGGUCAACGUAGGAGGACCAACAAGGAACUGUCGUUAUGGUGUAGACCUUGCCAAGCAGUUAGCAGUUUCUUUGCUCAGUGUUCUAGCUAGUUGUGGCAGUGUUAGGAUAUCCUUUUCGGAGAGGACACCACAGAAGGUGUCCAGUAUCAUAGUAAAAGAACUUGGGAAUAACCCAAAAGUUUAUAUCUGUGAUGGGCAAGGACCUGACCUGCACAUGGGCCAUUUAGCUUGGGCAGACUCAUUUGUUGUCACUGCAGAUUCAGUUAGCAUGAUAAGUGAAGCUUGCAGCACUGGGAAGCCUGUUUAUGUUAUGGGCGUUGAGCGAUGCAGAUGGAAGUUCAAUGAAUUUCACAAAUCUUUGAGAGAGAUGGGAGUUGUUCGUCCUUUUACAGGUUCCGAGGAUAUAUCAGAAAGUUGGAGUUAUCCACCCCUUUCCGAUACCGCUGAUGCCGCCAAAAAAGUUCAUGAAGCGCUUGCUGCCCGAGGGUGGAAAUUGAAGGUAUAGAAAUGCAAUUGGAAGUUGGCAAUAUACUUUUUGCGGAAUUAUUUUUGUCUAAUGGGGGUAACCAUUUUGUUUGAUUGGACGAUAUUGUUGAUACAUAAUAUUUUAUUCAUACCAUGAAUAGGAAAUACAGAUGGUAUGCAUGUAA